UUUUUGCACUACAAACAAGAUAUGUGCAGUGUGCAUAGGAAUUUGUUCAUGUUUUUUUCAGUUAGUUCAUAUAAACAUUCUUCAUCUAUCUGCCACUGGCCUGGCUCAUCCUGUCAAAUUUUAAAAUGCAAUGUGGCCCCUGUGUCCAAAAGUUUCUUGGGGCUCCACGAUAAACCUUUCCUUCAAAAAGGGCUCUGCAGCUUUAAAGGUUUGAGAAACAAGUGGUUUCCUGAACUUCUGAUGAAAGGCAGCUGGUAGUGCUCUACAAGUUCAUACAAAGUUCCUGAAAAAUUACAGUUUCUAUGUUUGAAAGGAGAAAGAUAUUCUAAACUCUGUUGUUAAAGGUAAGCAAAGCCAGCAUGUUUGCCAGGAGACAUUCCAGAGCUUUUCUUCUUGAUACAUGUAACAGAGGAACUCAGUUUGUGGAGAUCCUGAAAAUGGUCUAUCCCAAGGCAGACUGCCUUCACGAGGACGACUUUGACUGGCUCAUUGAAUGUCCCGAAACAGAGCAAUUUCUUGAGUGGUUUUGCAACACAGUGGGGGAGGAGAACCUAUUGAACUGCAUUGAACUAGAAAGCUAUGAGAAACUGGUUGCUUCUGGAAAGCCUAUCCUGGAGGGCGAAGCAUUGGGAGAGGCAUUGAAAACCUGUUCCCAAUACUUUGAGGUAAAAGAUGUCCUGCAGAGCAAUGAAGCACCCUCUCUUGAAGCUCUUGAACAAGAAAUGCAGGCACUGAAGAAUCAAUGCACCUGUCACAUAAAGCGACACAAUAAGCUUCAGGUUCGUGCAGCCAGCUUGAAGCAGGGGGUCUUUUGUUCAACAGAGAAGAUAGAGAAAAGCAAGAGAGAGCUGAAAAAGGCACACCUGAAGCUGGAGAUUGUGAAUUUUCAGAGCAAUGACAUUCUCAGUCAGUUCUGUAAGACAGCAAGGGAGCUAGCUCAGUGUCAAACAGUCCUUGGGAAUGAGCAAAUGAGAACAUCCAUGGCUACAGCAGAUCUGAGUCAUUAUCUGAAGUCAGAAGAAACAACCACAAAGGCAUUAUCAGGAUACUUUUCAAAGGUUAUGCCAAGUAUGCAUAAUAUAGAGGCUGAUAAAACUAUUCUAGAAAGAAAUUGGCAGGGAAGCACUUGGGAAGAGCUAAUAUCAGACAUUACAGUAAGGCUAGCUCAGGAAGGACUCCUGGGAAACAAGAGCACUGUCAGUGACAAAGACUCAGAAGAACACAAAAGAGUCACAGCUGUGGUAAAAAGCUAUGAACUCUACAAAGAACAGCUAGCUGAAAAAGAGGAACCAAAGUUUACUCAGAAAGCCCUGUCGGAAGAAAUGGACAUGCCCAAAACAGAAGAUUCCAGAACUUGGGGCCAAGCUGCUCUGAAUGAUUGUCAAGGAGGGCUAAAACAUGCAGAAGCUGAUGAAACAGAGUAUCUUAAAGAAAACAAGCUGGAAGCCUCUGAAGAACUGGGGCGCAUGAAGUCAGGUUACAUGUGGAGCAAGAUGGAAGUAGUCAUGCUCUCUGCAAAACUUAAAGGAAUAUCAUCCUCUUUGCAAUGGGCAGUGAAAACCCUGAAGAUUUUUAAAGAGAAAAAGAUGAAGGAAGAGAAGGGAGAACUGUGUCUUCGCAUAGACAGAUGCCAGGAACAGCUGUACACCCUUCAAACUGAAGUAGAUCAAGCAAAGACACAACAGCUUGUACCUUUGCUUCGGGGCAGUGCACAUCUUUGCUUGCCUAUAUUAAGUGGGGAACUUGACUUGGAAGCCAACAGAUUGGGGUAUCUUGAGUUAAUGCAAGAGGAAACUGCUGACCAAAUGUUGGGCCAGCUGAGUCAUUUGGAGCUGCUGAAACUCCUGCUAAUGCUGGAGAAAAAGAAUAUGCAACAAAUGGGGUCUCUGAUGGAGGAGAUGUCAACUACCUUGAAUGAACGACUAUCAAAGUUACAGGAUUGGCAAUCCUGUAUUGAGGAUUCAAGAUUCUCCAUUAAGCAAUGCCCACAAACUCUGAUGGACCUCAAUGAUUUCACCACCUUACGGUUAUGGAAGAUGUUGGAUAAGCCCAGCCAAAAGUACGAACUCUUCCGUGCUUAUGAGACUUUAGCAAGUCAAGGCUCACAGCUGUGGCAGGAACUAAGGAUGCUCCAAGUGCAGUUGGCAACUCCACACACUCAGCUUCCUAAACUGGAAUCUGAAAACAAAAUCCUGUAUUGCCUAAUGUAUGGUGACGCCAAGCAGCUAAUGCUUCGUGCACAGGAACUCUCAGAACCUUUGGAGCAGCUCAGCACCACACAUGCCAAGCUCUACCAAAUGCUGCUGGAUACCCAGAGUGACUUGAAGAGUAAACGCAAAUCCCUGCAGAGUCACUUUCAGAAGACAAUGCACAGCCUCUACGUGCACUUCUUCAAUAACCCAGACUACCUAAAGGAUCUGGUAGAAGAUGUUGAGAAGAAGGCAGUGGUAUCUUCAUACAUAUAGGUACCGUUUGUACCAGAAAAAAGAUAGUAGUUGGGUAGAAAAUAAGUAUGGCAACUUGCUCCAAGGACACAACUUGCUACAAGGACACCCAUGUUAUCUUAAUUUGAACGGUAUGGAAAAGCUUUUUCACAUUUUCUUAACAGUAUAAGCUUUCACCUACUAGUUUCUGCAGAUGAUAUUUUUUCUUUUAGGUCAUUUGAGCCUAUGGGACAUCCACUGUUAAAAGGAUUAAAGAGGUGGCUUGACAGAUAACACCCAUUACCAUAAAGCAUAUGCAUAAAAAUGCAGUUGCAGAAAUAUUUAACAUAUGCUGCUCUUCUUCUAAAGAUACUAGGGAAAAGACUUUUAGAUCAGUCUCUAUCCAAGUUUGAUUGCAGGGUGGAGGCAAUGCUGGAUGCAUAGCCUGAGAAACAGUAGGUAGAAUAAAAACUAUAGUUGCCAUUUCUAAGAAUAGAUAUGACACAUUUGUUUAAGAUCUAUCUUAUGUACUUAUUUUUUGUGUGUUUCAACUCAACAUACAACUUGAAAAGCUAUAAUAAAAGAAAAUAACAGAUAGAAAGCAUAUUAUGUUGUUAGUUGUCAAGGCAAGCAAAUCACAUUUUCAUACCAAACAGGUAAAAGGUACCCAGAAAUUGUAAGAAAGAUCAGAUUGUGAUCCAUGACAGUCAGCUUUCAGAAUUCUGUAAUGAGGGGGAGAGGCUCCAGCUAAACUGAACUGAUUCAUUGCUAAUGAUGGAUUUCCUUCUCAUAUCCUAGCUUUAUUUCUACUAUGUAUAUAACGACAGAUCAAAAAUAGAAACAUACUUUUGAAUGUAGCCAUGCAUAUUUUAAGAUAGCAUGUUGCUGGCACUGGACAAAAUGGACAAAUUACUUCUUGGUGGAAUAGACAUUGGUGCACAUGAGGAUAGGCAACAACCAAAUGUGUUAUCUCCACGUAGAUAGCAAAUAUGUGCAACUAAAGCGUCACAAAUCUCCACAUAUUCUGUCUAACACUAUUUCAGAGCUUAAAAUCAGCCUGAAAUUAUGAAAACUAGUUAACUACCAGUCCACUCUGAAAGUUCUUACUCCUUGAGCAGGAUACACUAAACUCCUGUAGCCAGUGGUACCUCGAAGUACGCUGAUGAUAUCUCCAUAAUUUGGAUUCAUUGAAAUACACACUCAAGGAAUUCUACUGAAUUUCAACAUCUUCCACUCCAUGAUCAAUCUCAACUGGGAACUAACAACAAAACAAGUACACUUUCUGGAAAUCACUAUACAACUACACAAUUGACAUCUAAGGACUCUAUUAUGUCAAAACCAAUUGUCUGUUACCAGGGGCGGCCCUAGGUAAUUUUGUUUUGUAAGCGAACCUAGUGGCCACGCCCCCCCCAAAAAUUGCGCCCUCCACCCCCAAGGCC